AUGGCUGUUGAGCUGAAGUCGGUGAAAGCAAGCCAUGUUUACUCUAAUGGAUCAGAUUUCGACCAGAUUCCAGUCAAUCAACUAUCAUACCAAAAUGAAGCAUUUCAGACUGACAGGAAUGAUGAUGAUACUUCUGUUACAAAUGAAAAAGUUCAUAUGCAGAUCGAAAUGUCCCAUGAGAGUUAUUCCGAUUGUUGUUCCAAACCUACUUUACAGAUACAGUCGGUGGUUUACGCUUGUCUGAGAAAGAACAAAACAAUUAUAAAAUUUGUCUUUAAAUUAGUAUUACUUCUGGCAUAUUUAUCUUAUGUAGCGUAUGCCAUGUACUACAAAUUUGGUGGAGAACCGGAGUGGAGGCUACUGAUUUGUUCUGUUUUUGGUCUGAUGAUGAUAACUGGAUUCUGGUUUUCAAAUCAAUUUAAAAACAAUAUAAAAAAUUGGAGACGUGAUAGACUUGUACCUUUCUGUACCAGCUCUAGUACAGAAAGAGCUAUGUUCCAUCUCAAGUGGAUAUUGAAAGUAGCUGUGUUUAUUUUUAUUGUGGUAUAUGUUAUCAUUAACGUUGCAAUUGAUCAUCCUGAUAACCUGAUUGCAGCUGCUGGGAUAGCUCUUUAUAUAAUGGUCUUCUAUGUCACAUCAGUAAACCCUGCACAGGUAGACUGGCAUCCAGUAUUCUGGGGACUUGCAUUACAGUUUAUUUUUGCACUGAUUACAUUAGAAACUCAAUGGGGAUACGAUGCUUUCAAGUGGGUUGGUGAUAGAGUAACUGAGUUCCUGGUGUACAGUGAUGUAGGUGCUGAGUUUGUCUUUGGUAGUGUGUUCGCUGAACAUUUGUUUGCUUUUAAGGUCAUGCCAGUAGUAGUUUUCAUGGCAACAAUUAUAUCGAUUCUCUACUAUCUUGGUGUUAUACCAUUCCUGAUUAAACAUGCGGGAAGAUUCCUUGGAUUUUGUAUGGGAACAAGACCGGCAGAGUCACUUAGUGCUGCAGGAAAUAUUUUCCUUGGAAUGACAGAUUUACCACUAAUGUUACGACCAUUCCUCAAGGAUCUAACGAACUCUGAACUGCAUGCUAUAUUGACUGGAGGGUUUGCAACUAUAGCAGGGAGUGUACUUGGAGCUUACAUUAGCUUUGGUGUACCUGCUAAUCACCUUCUAACAGCAUCCGUGAUGUCAGCGCCUGCAGCAUUGGCAUUGUCUAAAUUGUCAUACCCGGAACUCGACAGGUCCCAUACAUCUACAACUGAUUACUCUAAAAUAGCCAAAUCUGCGGAUAGGAAUAUUUUUGAUGCAGCUACUCAUGGAGCCACAGUCUCAGCAAAACUUGUCGCUGCAAUUGUUGUCAAUGUUAUUGCAUUUUUGAGUUUACUAGAAUUUGUCAACGUUACCUUGAUUUGGUUCGGAGAAAGAGUUGGAGUAGACGAUUUCACUUUAGAGUUCAUGUGUUCCUACCUUUUUUAUCCUAUUGCAUACUUCAUGGGAGCAGAUGUUCCAGAUUGUCGCCAAGUAGCAACACUUGUGGCUAAGAAGACAUUCACAAAUGAAUAUAUAGCUUAUUUUGACUUGGCAAAGAUUAUAAGCAAUAGAAAAGAAUUAACAAAAUUCAUCGCAUUUGACAACAGCAGCAGUUUAAAUUGGUGGUGGAAUAAUAAUGAUGUCAUAUAUAACAAUGGGACACAAAACAUUACACUGGAACUAGGAAUAAUGUCGGACAAAUCUGAAGUCGUUGCGACUUACGCCUUAUGUGGAUUUGCUAAUUUUGGAUCAAUGGGAAUUCUACUUGGAGCAUUGAGUGCCUUGGUGCCAUCAAGAGAAGCUGAUAUCACUGGUAUGAUACUGAGAGCUAUGAUAACGGGGAAUGCAGCUUGUUUCCUGACAGGAAGUAUUGCAGGCCUUCUUUAUAAAGGAUGACUCCUUUUAAGUUACAGCCUCCGCUACGAGUUCACUAAUCAAACAGACUGGAAAUAAUUUUAAAAUCGAUCUAUUGAGGUAGAAGCAGUGGUAAAAACUAUCUUUUCCGUUUUAUGUUAGUUUGUUAUUUACAAUGUAUAUAAACAUUAGUAAUAAAAGUCUUUAAAUAUUCAUUUUAUAGGAAGUUUCAAGUAUAAAAUUCUUGUAUUGUGAAAAUAU